AAAGGUUUUCUGCUCCUGGAAUCCAUUUGCACGCACCGAUUGUUCUCUUACUUACUUAGAACUUGGUCUAGCUUUAUUGUUAAAAUUCUCAGAAUUUUCCUUGAACAAGCAAACGGGAAAGAUUUUUUUUUGAAAUUCUCAAAAUUUUGUGAAUACGCAGAGCGAGAUUCACAAGAAGGAAGUGGAAUGGGAGGAACUCCUCAAUUCUCUCAAGACGGAGAUGGCCACGUUAAAGAUUCAACGCUUCGUCGGUGUCCAGUCCCCCUCUCGGCCUGGAUCUGCGGGAUCCUCCUCAAACUCUGCCCUUCUCCAGACUAAGGGGAAGAAGGAGUUGGAACGCUACAAGGAAGAAUCCGCUUAUAAAUCCGAACAAAUUAUGGAACUCAGGAAGGAAAUUGUCUCCCUUCAAAAUAGAUUGGGCGAGAUCCAUCAGCAACAGAAGGUUAAAAAUCCGGCCAAAAUGGCGAAAUCUGUUUACCUCGAGAAGGAGAAGGACUGGCAAAAGAAGAUUCGAGGCUUGAACCAACAAGUGAGAACGCUGCAGAAGAUUUUGUACAACAAAGAUCCUCACAAUCCGGCCGCCGUGCCGAACAAAAGUACUUCUUCGGAUCAUCCAGACGACGGGGAGAAGAGAUUGCACGAUGAGCCACACGUUGCCGUGUUGGAGGGACGCAUUGUAGAACUCGAACGAAAUUUAGAACAAGCAGAUUCCGAUGCGAAAGACAGAUUAAAAGAUUUUCAGGCGAAAUUAAACUCUUUAAAGCUUAAAUAUGAGGAUCAAAUCAAGGAAACGGAGGCUCGCUUGGAAGAAUAUCUCAACAAGCUCAAGCUAGCCGAGAGUGCUGCCUCGGUGGGCGCUGUUGCCGAACAGCAAUCGCGAUUGGAUCGCGCCAUGGGUGAAAUUGGCCACUUGAAGCAGGAACUGUCUCGAACCAAGAGAGAUCUCGAAAUUGCCCAGAGAGUCACCACUGCUCCCAACCCGAACCGACAACAGGACGCUGGCACAUUGUCCCUCGCCAUUAAAAGAUUUAAAGUCGAGCUCGCCGAAAAGGAGAAGGACAUUGUUCGUCUCAAGAAAGAGCUGGGUGAGCUCAACAAGACGAAUGUCACGUUGAAGAGGGAACGGGAACGAUACCUAGGCAGUGCUGCUCCUAAUAAUGUCAUGAUACCGCCACGGAUCGUGGGCCGAGUGGGAAACGUCGCCGUUGGUGGGAGGUUAUUGGGACCAGGGUCGAAAAAGGGGGACGACAACAUAAACACUGGUGGGGCAAAAUGUUCUGCGAACAUCAACGCCACGGUGGAACUCCUCCAGGACACGUUGGACUAUGAGAGAGCCGAGUUUGAGGGGCUCCUCCAACAUAAAAGGAGAGAGAUUGAGGAACGGGAUAGAAUUAUCCAAUCACUUCGAAAGCAACUCGCGUCUGUGACUCCGCAAGAAAAAAGUGACUUUCACAACCUUUCUUUCUCCCCGAGUGACAAGGAAGCCCUUCUGUCUGACGAACUACACCGGAAGGAAGCCCUUUUGGACGAGUUGCGAUCACGCGUCACGUCUCAGAACGAAGUGAUCAUCCGUUUCAAGGAGCAUCUCACCCAGUUGCGAGGUUCCGAGGAGAAGAUGACCCGUCUCGAGAGAGAACAGGGAGAAGCGUCCGCACUAAUUCAGCAACUCCGGGAGAAAUUGCAGAUUGCACAAGCCAUGUCUCGACCCGAGAAUGAAAUCCUGGCAGUCCUCGCGCAAAAGUUUGAAGACUUGAAUACACGCUAUUUGCAACGGGAAGAUCAAAUGAAGUUGUUGCUCAAUAAACUCUCCGCCCAGACAGGAACCCCGAGAAGUUUGGGUUACAAUAACAACAGCGUUGCGAAACAGGGACGAACCAGCAUUAUUGAACAGUUGUGCUUAAAUUUGGAAUCGAAUUCGGACGUAGACUUGGACUUGCGUCAAUUGUCACCUUCCUUGUACGAACAUCUCUUCUCGUCUCGUUCCAGCGGAGGUGGUGGUGGUGGGCGUGGGGAUCCAGUUUAAGAACCGUUUUUGUAUGGGAGUAAAUUCUAGUCAAUUAUUUCAUCUCUUCAAACGACGAACGAUUCGACCUACCGCUAAACAAAGUAUUAAUUUCCUGAUGUACAACCUCAUCCUAAAUUUCAUGUUUAAAUUCCUACCUAAUUAAUGUGUAGUACGUGUAAUAUAAAUAUACAUGUACAUAUAUAACCCAAUGUUGAUCUUUUUUAUGCUAACGAAUUUCUAUUUUAAAUAUAAAUGAAAGAAUUUUGGUGAAUAUGAAA